UCGGCCACGCGGUGCGGGAGGCCGCGGGCAGGAUCUCGGCGCUGCCCUCGCAGGGGAGAGCGAUGAGACAAAUCCGAUAUUUACAUGAAACACCAGCAUGCAGUUCAAGCGGAGGAGCCUUAUUUGUGCACAGAGAUAGUCCUGAGAAUAAUCCAGAUACUCCCUUUGAGUUCACACCUGAAAACAAGAAGCGAAUAGAAGCAAUCAUAGGCAACUACCCAGGGGGACACAAGUCUGCAGCUGUCAUGGCAGUGCUAGAUCUGGCCCAGAGACAGCAUGGAUGGUUGCCCAUAUCGGCUAUGAACAAGGUUGCAGAAAUUUUAGAAAUGCCUCCCAUGAGAGUGUAUGAAGUAGCAACCUUCUAUACAAUGUAUAAUCGUAAACCUGUUGGGAAAUACCAUAUCCAGGUCUGCACUACCACGCCUUGUAUGCUGCGAGACUCUGAUAGCAUUUUAGAAGCCAUUAAGAAGAAACUUGGUAUUGAAGUUGGGGAAACAACACCUGAUAAACUCUUCACAUUGAUAGAAGUGGAAUGCUUAGGUGCUUGUGUAAAUGCACCAAUGGUACAAAUAAAUGACAACUAUUACGAAGAUUUAACACCCAAAGAUAUCGAAGACAUAAUUGAUGAGCUAAAGGCUGGUAAAGUUCCCAAACCCGGCCCAAGGUACGCCAUAUUUGUAUAACAGUGGCCAACUACU